CACACACCACCACCUCCACCACCGCUGUUGCCGCCACCACUUCCACCACACACACACACACACACAGUGACGGCUGCCAGGCGCAGUGGGAAGCAAGCCGUCAGGGAGUGAGCUUGAGAAGAAAGAGAGGGGAAGAGAAGAGAGUUGGAGGGGGCACCUUGUGGAUCAGAAGGGAUUUUCCUCUGUGUGAGUGCACGUCUGGAUAACGCCAUCUGCUUCUUCCUCAGCUAGAGGAGUUUUCACCACGGCUUUUUCUUUUUGCUCAUCCUCCACGCCGGGCUUCAGCAGUAUCUACCUAUCUAUCCCCGGAGCUUAACAAAAGAGGGAGGGAGUGAGGAAAAAAAAGGCAGUCACAGCUUCAGCUCUAGACCACCCUCUCUCCUCCUCCACCUCCGCCUCCUCUUCCUCCUCCUCCUCUUUUCUCCCCAGCUCCACAUCCAUGUGUGAGUUCAUCGCUGAUUUCCCUGUCUUUUAAGGAUAGAGAAGAGGACAGCGUGUGUUCUCCAGGAUACAGCCGAGCUCCCAGAGGGAUCAGGGUCUCGUCUGGUACACAAGAGGGGGAGGAAGAACGAGACAGGGAAACGGAUACACAGGAAGAGAGAGAGAGAGCUGGAGAGAGACAAGAGAAAGACACUGGAAAGCAAAUUAAGGGGCAUGUUCAGGGCAGCACAGAAGAAGAGUGAGUCAAAUUUUUAGAGCGGAGUGUGCAGGGAACCGGCAACCGAAACCCAGCCGUUCAUCCCUCCUCCUCCUUAUCAUCCUCUUCUUCUUCCCUCUGCUUUCCCCCCCCCUCUCAGUCAGGCUUUUCAAUUCCCUCUAUUGUUUCCCGUAUUUCUGCUAUCCUUUCAUAUCUUCCUUUCCUCACUCCACACCUCCUUCUCCCCAAACCUCUUUCUGCUGCCACUCCGGAAUCUCUUUCCAGACCCACGCAAGGAAUGGUUCUGUGAGAUUCCCUUUGAGCUCUCAGACAAGUAGACGGACUAAAAUCUCAAGCACUAUCUGUUCUUCUAUCCAUUCCUCCUUCUGCGCGUGUAUCACCUUCACCAGUGAGAGGAGAGCGUUCUCUCUUCAUCCCCCACUCUUGGAAGCAGUCAUUUAAAGAAUUCAGGCCAUCCCCUCGGAAGUGAUCAGCCUCCAGGACCUUCAACUGGAUUCCAGCUACAUGGGAAAACGUUUGGAACAGCAGCCAAUGUACCCCCACUACACCUACUACUACCCCCACUAUCUCCAGACCAAGCAGUCCUAUGCCCCUCCCCCUCCACCCAUGGCUCCACCCAGCCCUGGCAACACAGGAGGAGGAGGUGGUGGUGGAGGUCAGGGAGGAGGGCUAGUGGAGCAACUUAGUAAGACCAACCUGUACAUCAGAGGCCUGCCGCCUGCCACCACCGACCAGGACCUCAUCAAACUCUGCCAGCCAUAUGGGAAAAUUGUCUCUACAAAGGCCAUCUUGGACAAAAACACCAAUCAGUGCAAAGGGUAUGGUUUUGUGGACUUCGACAGCCCUGCAGCAGCUCAGAAGGCUGUGGCCUCGCUCAAAGCCAGCGGAGUCCAGGCACAGAUGGCAAAGCAACAGGAGCAGGACCCCACCAAUCUUUACAUAUCUAACCUGCCUGUGUCGAUGGAUGAGCAGGAGUUGGAGAACAUGCUGAAGCCUUUUGGUCACGUCAUUUCCACGCGGAUACUGAGGGAUGCCAAUGGCCUUAGCAGAGGAGUUGGCUUUGCCAGGAUGGAGUCAACAGAGAAGUGUGAUGUGGUGAUUCAAAAUUUCAAUGGGAAAUUUUUGAAAACCCCUCCAGGCAUGACUGCUCCCUCAGAGCCUUUGCUGUGCAAGUUUGCUGAUGGAGGCCAGAAGAAGAGACAGACCCAGGUCAAAUAUCCCCAGAAUGGACGAUCGUGGACACGGGAAGGAGAGAGUGGUAUGGCGUUGACGUAUGACCCCACAGCGAUGCAGAAUGGGUUCUACUCUUCUCCAUACAGCAUCUCCACGAAUCGGAUGAUUGCUCAGACAUCGAUCACACCCUUCAUUGCUGCCUCUCCUGUCCCCACAUAUCAGGUUCAGAGUACAUCUUGGAUGCCACAUCAACAAUAUGUUAUGCAACCUACAGGUGCUGUGAUCACUCCAGCUGCUGCCAUUGAGCCCAGUUUGUCUAUUCACCCCUCCAGUGUAAUGGCUCCUCUAACCCAGCAGAUGAACCACCUGUCUCUGGGCCCAACAGGCACUUACAUGCCUGCUGCAGCGGCUGCUCCUAUGCAAGGAACCUACAUUCCCCAGUACACUGCAGUGCCUGCCUCGGCCAUCACAGUGGACGGUGUGGUGACAGACCCCUCUCCACAGACAGCUGCCCCCUCCUCACAGGACGCCAGUGGGCAGCAGCCUUUACCUGUGGAGAACACAGGAGAUCACGCCACAGCCUACUCUUACCAGCAGACUAAAUAACAGGAUUGGUAGGAAUCAUUGCUGCGUUGCCUUUAGGAGGACUGCACGAAGGCGCUGGAGACGCAGAGUAUCAAAAGGAAACGGGACAAAACAAAAAACAAAAACAGAGGUGACAUGGACAUCACUGACGGGAGAAUGCUUCCACUGUGCACGGGCACCAAAUAAAAGACAAAACGAAGAAAAAAAAUAUCUUUCUUACCUGGUUGAACUAAGAAAAAGACAGAAGAAAAAGCAAAUGAUGGUUUGCUAAACUCAAAGACAAUGAAAUCAAUGGCAGUCUCCAACUUUGAGUUUUCAUUUUUCACCAUGAGACUGGACUUUGCCUCCAAAGGAAAAAAAAAAACAGAUAAGGGGACAUAAAGAGAAAUCUAAAGUCAACCAACUGUACAGAAAAAAAAUGAACAUUUGAAUGUGCAGGUAGAUUUUCAGACUUUUUUAUUGAAAAUAGAAGGAAGCCAAGUCUUGAACAAAAACGGGCUGUCUUCCUUUGAUAUUAAGCUACAUUAUUUUCAUUCUUUUUAUUAUUUGAGUAGUUUUCUAGAAUAUUAGUGUUUUCGUAAAUCUUUAUUGCCUUAAUUUUCUCAAACUUUGGGGAAAAAAAGUUUCCAAGUGUUGAAUUAUUUAAAAAAAGGACUGAGUUGUUGAAUGAUUUUUUUAAAGGGUUCUUUGAGUUUGAGAGCCUCAGAAAUGAAAUCUACAAAGCUAUCUGUAUAAGACAAAAAAAGGUUGUAUUUGUAUGAAGGUGAUUUUAAAUUAUGUGGUACAGUGCAGGUGAUGUUGGUUGACUAGGGAAAAAAAUCCUUUUACAACUUGUGGGAGCGGUCAGCCCACCGCUUCCUGGAAAUGCAGUUUAGUUCAAUCAUGGGAAAGAAAUUCAGUUUCUCCACCACUUAUUUUGUAUUUUUAUUUUUUUCAUUGCGGUGCUUUUAAAAGUUUUUCCUUUGCCUGCUUGCUUGUCUCAUUGCAAAAAGAAAAAGGAACAUUUCUGACUUUGAGAAAAAGCAGAGAAAAAAAAGCUAGGAUUUUUAAAUGUGCAAAAAGCAAUAGUUUUAGUAAAACUGUUGACAGUUUCUUGAGUCUUUCUUAACUGUUGAACAAAAAUACAGCCCGCGGGUGGCAUAUUUUAUACCAAAGAUGAAGAAACUAAGUUGUAAAGAGAUCUUCCUGUUGCUUUUUCUUAAUUUUUUCCACUUUGAAUCUGCUUUUUGGUUUUUGUCAAGCUGUUGCUGUGUGAAAUGAUCAGUGAAUGAGAGCAUGCAGUUGGUCCUUUAGCACAUUUGCCUCAAUGGGACGAGAUGUUUUGUGCGUCAUGUGAUCAAACUACCACCGCAUCUAAAACCCUGUGGAAUCCUGGUGAAAAAGCUACUUUUUAUUAGACACCCAACGACAUCCUGCCGAGGCCUCAUCGACUGACCUUACAUAACAACGCCCAGACGGCAUAGCUCGCGAUGAAUGCUUCCCAAAAUAUGACAGAUGUCAUUGUUUUGCAUAAUCUAAGUCCAACUCACUGUUUUGUCUCGUUCUUGCCAAACACAAGCCACUGAAAAUAUGAGCAGGUCAAUGAUCUCUGUGAGAGGAAAGGGCAUUCCUGUUGAACGAAAUGAUUUCAGCUUAUAUAUAUUCUCCUAAAAAAAAAUAAGGAGAAUUACUUUUAUGUUGCCUUUACUUUUGGUUUUUUUUUCUCUUUUUGAUGAUUAUGUGUGAGCUGCUAAACACUUUUCAGUAUUGGGGAUUGAGGUUGUCUUCUGUUGGGUCUCCGUGGAAUAUUUGCACCUCCAGAGUGACUGUAAUUGAUCAUUUUAAGCAGAAUAAAGAUGAAAGAAACACAAA